CCUGCGCGCUGGAAGAGGACGGCCGCGGCUUGGGCAUGGCGGAGGUGGACCUGGAGUCGGAUCAGAUCCGACUGAAGUGUAUCCGUAAGGAAGGUUUCUUCACCGUGCCUCCAGAACACAGGCUGGGAAGAUGCCGAAGUGUUAAGGAGUUUGAGAAGUUGAACCGGAUUGGCGAGGGCACCUAUGGCAUUGUGUAUCGGGCCCGGGAUACCCAGACAGAUGAAAUUGUCGCCCUGAAGAAGGUGCGGAUGGACAAAGAGAAAGAUGGCAUCCCCAUCAGCAGCCUGCGUGAGAUCACACUGCUCUUGCGUCUCCGCCAUCCGAACAUUGUGGAGCUGAAGGAGGUGGUUGUGGGCAACCACCUGGAGAGCAUCUUCCUGGUCAUGGGUUACUGCGAACAAGAUCUGGCCAGCCUAUUGGAAAACAUGCCAACACCCUUCUCAGAGGCCCAGGUUAAAUGCAUCAUGCUACAGGUGCUUCGUGGCCUUCAGUACCUGCACAGGAACUUCAUCAUCCACAGGGACCUGAAGGUGUCCAACUUGCUCAUGACAGACAAGGGCUGUGUAAAGACAGCUGAUUUUGGCCUGGCUCGGGCCUAUGGUGUUCCAGUAAAGCCAAUGACUCCCAAGGUUGUGACCCUCUGGUACCGAGCCCCAGAGCUGCUGCUUGGAACCACCACCCAGACCACCAGCAUCGACAUGUGGGCUGUCGGCUGCAUCCUGGCAGAGCUACUGGCCCAUAAGCCCCUUCUCCCCGGCACUUCGGAGAUCCACCAGAUCGACUUGAUUGUACAGCUGUUGGGGACACCGAGUGAGAAUAUAUGGCCGGGUUUCUCCAAGCUGCCUCUGGCCGGCCAGUACAGCUUGAGGAAACAGCCCUACAAUAACCUCAAGCACAAGUUCCCGUGGCUCUCAGAGGCCGGACUUCGUCUGCUCAAUUUCCUCUUCAUGUAUGACCCUAAGAAAAGGGCAACUGCAGGAGACUGCCUGGAGAGUUCCUACUUCAAGGAGAAGCCCCUGCCCUGCGAACCGGAGCUCAUGCCUACCUUCCCCCACCAUCGCAAUAAGCGUGCUGCCCCAGCUGCCGCUGAAGGGCAGAGCAAACGAUGCCGGCCCUGAGCCUGGGUCCAGCCCACCCCUCCACAUCCUCACGGAUCAUCAGCCGACGACUGGGAGGCCCCGACAGGCCUUUGGCUCCUCCAGUUGGCCGUCCUCUUUAGCUGACUCCUCCCUGAUAUUUCUCGGUGUCCGGAUGCAGAGGGGAUUGUGGACAGGGAUGUGGCUGAGUGGGAUACCCAGGAUAGACUGGGCAGUUGUAGCACCAUCUCGUGGCCCGUCCUGUCUGUCAGUGAAGCCCCGCUUCUGGGGGGACAGAGCUAGUGCUAAGAGGCCUAAAAGUCCCAUCCAGUGCGUGUGGGAACUGGAGUUGUGCACUGGCAUGGAAUGAGCAGGCCCAGGAGAUGCUAACUGUUCUUGGAGACCCCGGGCAGGGCUGAGGGAGCAGGUGUUAGUUGGAGGAGGAGACCCGUGAGACUCAGAAUGAAAGCCUUUGGUGGACGUGCCUGGCAGUGGUGCCCGGGAGAGAAUUGGUGGGCUCUUUUGCCAGGGGUGGAGAGAUAAAAAGCCUUUCCAGUA